UGGAUUUCCUGCCUUCCAAUUCCAUAGCCAUUGUACCUUGCUUCAAACGCUGCCAGGAUUUUUGCUUCUAAAAAUCGUCAGGACCACAGAUCAUAGGUUCCUGCAGAUUUGGUUUGCUGUCAUAUGGGGAUUUAUUUUUCAUGUCCGUUUGCAAAAUACGCUAAUGUCGAAGAUGGCCUAGAAUCUGUAGUUGUAAAAUCCAUCGACUUUGGUGAUGAAGAAGUCAAAACUCCAGUUCGGUCUGUCAGUUUCAAGAACCAAGACUCAGAACCCACAGUGCUGAAAUCCCUAGGUUCUGGGAAGAUGAUGAUAGAGGCGUCAGUAAGCUUCAAGAGAAAUGAAGCGGAGAACACGAUGUUAACCAAGACUAUGCCUAUUGACAUCGAGAAAAACAUGCCACCAUCAAGGGUCAGUGAGAGGAGCAAAGAGAUGGAUGACCAGUUUCUCAGAUCAGAGUGUCAAGUGGAAAAGAUCCAGUCAGCUCUUUUGGAUCCAAACAACCCCAAACACAUGGCUGCAGUUAAAUUGCAGAAGGUAUACAAGAGUUUUCGAACUAGAAGAAAGCUUGCAGAUUGUGCAAUUAUUGUUGAGCAAAGGUGGUGGAAGCUCCUAGAUUUUGCUGAACUCAAGCACAGUUCCAUAUCCUUUUUCGACAUUGAGAAACAAGAAACAGCCAUUUCACGUUGGUCUAGAGCUAGAACCAGAGCUGCCAAGGUUGGAAAAGGCUUAUCAAAAGAUGAUAAAGCUCAAAAACUUGCUCUGCAGCACUGGCUUGAAGCGAUUGAUCCACGUCAUCGAUAUGGACAUAAUCUACACUUUUAUUAUGAUAAAUGGCUUCAAUGCCAGAGCAGAGAACCAUUCUUCUACUGGCUAGAUAUAGGAGAGGGGAGGGAGGUCAAUCUUGAGAAGUGCCCUCGAUCUAAACUUCAGCUGCAGUGCAUCAAAUAUCUUGGUCCGAUGGAAAGGUUGGCUUAUGAAGUUGUAGUGGAGGAUGGAAGGUUCAUCUACAAGCAAUCAGGAGAGCUACUUCACACUACUGGAGGCGAAAAUGCCAAAUGGAUUUUCGUCCUUAGCACAUCUAAGGCCUUGUAUGUUGGAAAGAAGAAGAAAGGUUCAUUUCAGCACUCAAGUUUCUUGGCCGGAGGAGCCACAUCUGCUGCUGGGAGACUAGUUGUGGAAUAUGGCGUUUUGAAGGCAGUUUGGCCUCACAGUGGUCACUAUCGUCCCACAGAAGAGAAUUUCAAGGAACUCAUUUCAUUCCUUCAGGAUAACAAUGUGAACCUCUCAGAUGUCAAGAUGGCUGCAGUUGUUGAUGAUAGUGGAUCACUCUCACAGAGAUUCGGUGGUCAUAUUAGAAGCCUCUCAGCUGAUGAGGAUUUCGCUGAGAAUGAGGAGUCGGCCGUCAAAAACUCCAUUGACGAGAAGGCCACAUCAACAGAAUCAGAAACUGCUGGGUCAGAAAGGACAAGGCAAGUGCAGGCUUUUGGAAGAGAACUGACCAAUCUUGAAAUUCCCAAAAGGGUAGAAUCAUUCAGAAAGCCGGGGAGCGAGAAAGCUGAUGACCAAAGUAACGAGAGUCUACAAAUGGAAUCACCCGCAAGUGGUGAAGAGAAAGCAGUAGGAAGUGUGGAGUGUAAGGCAGAUGGGUGGGAUGGAAAAGAGAAUGAGGAAGCGGGGAGCAUUCCGGAAGAGUCAAUUGUGAAAAGGAUAAGCUCACUGAAGAUAAGCAGAUCAUACCAACUGGGGAAACAUCUAUCUUGCAAGUGGACGACCGGAGCGGGACCUCGCAUCGGGUGUGUGAGAGAGUAUCCUUGUGAGCUUCAGUUCCAAGCUCUGGAGCAAGUGAGUCUUUCUCCAAGAAGUGACAACCGCCCCACUGGGUUGUGGGGGACAUCACCUGAUAGGGCAGGCAUGUCCCGAGGACACGAUCGCCAGCCGUUGCCAUUGACCAGGGGAACAUCAGUGAUACCAGUUAUUCAUUCCGGCAGUGGUUAACAGGAUUCGUUGAUUGAUUCUUUCGUGUGAAUAGGGAACAACAUAUAGGAUUCUUUUCUUGGGGGGCUAUUGUUUCAACUAAUUUACAUAGGAAUUCUUUUUUUGUACAGCAUAGGAUGAAAAUUGUAAAACUUCUUAGCCUUCUUCUAAAUAGAAAAGGAAACAAAAUUCUGUUUU